GUUGAAGAGAAGCAACACGGAGUAGGAAAUGACGUAGUUGAAAUGCGUUUGUUGUGAGCUGCGCAAGAGACACGUGGAGAGUGCGCGGCUAUUUCGGCUUCUGCUCCUUCACGAUGAUCAUCCCAGUUCGUUGUUUUACUUGUGGGAAAAUUGUUGGGAACAAAUGGGAGGCAUAUUUAGGUCUUCUUCAAGCAGAGUAUACAGAAGGUGACGCUCUUGAUGCUCUGGGUUUGAAGAGAUACUGCUGUCGGCGGAUGCUUCUGGCCCAUGUGGAUCUGAUUGAGAAGUUGUUGAAUUAUGCACCGCUGGAGAAGUGAUGAGCUUCCAGUGCAACAGAAGAUUGACCUCAAAUUCUUAUACUUUCAUAGACUCAUGAACAUGUUGGAAGAGGUACAGGCAUGGCCUCAGACCCGUGUCUGUAGACUGCAUCUGAAGCAUGCUUGUGAUGUCGAAUUUUGUUUACGGGCAUUUUGUUAAAUAAAGUUUGAAAUGUA